AUGACUCCGACACCACCCUCAACAACUCCAUCCUCGGGGGCCGCCCGUUCUCCCGAGGAGCAAUUCCGGGUUGUGCGGAAGAGAAACAGGGUGCCCCUGAGCUGUUAUCCCUGUCGGAUAAGAAAGAAGUGCGACAGAAAUCACCCAUGCAGUAACUGCACCAAGCGUGAAGGGGAUGACACCUCGGCAUGUUCCUAUGCUACUCCUUCUUCCCGCAAGAAGAACCAGAGCCAAGGCGCUACAAGUCCUGAUGACAUGCAGAACCGCAUUGACAGGUUGGAAAACUUGGUGCUAUCGCUGGUGCACGGAGGCGCGAGCGUAGAUACCUCGUCUGCAGCCACUGCGGCCGCCGCAACAACAAGUACAGGUCCUUCUGAUGCUUCGAGGACAGGCAGCACCUCGUCGGCAUCAAGGUUCGACAGAGACGAUGAUGGGGCCAUGAAGGACGGCGAGGACGAGGAUAGCGAUAUCGACGAGGGGCUCGCAACUUCCCUCGGGGUCCUCAAGGUGGAUUCCGAUCGCGGCAAGUCGAUGUACAUCGGGCAAGAGCACUGGCACAGUAUCCUUUCCGACAUCACAGAGGUCAAGAACUACUAUGCGGCCCACAAGAAGGACCUCGAGAGAAGUUACGAGAAAGUUAUGCUCAGUAAAUCUGCCAUGGCCCGAGAAGGCCCGACUUUCUUGCUUGGUGCUACGCCAGCAACCGACGUCGAACUGAGGGCCGAGCUUCCACCCAAGUCGAGUGUUUUGAUUCUGUGCAGGAGGUACUUCAACUCAAUGGACAACGCCGUCAGCAUCAUACAUGCCCCGACCUUCCACCAGCAGCUCCGAAACCAUUGGCAAGACCCGUCCAAGUCUCCUAUUAUGUGGUUAGGGCUGCUCUACUCCGUCCUGUGUUUAGCCAUGCUGAGUUACCACAAGGUCGGAGACGAGCCGCCUGAGUGGAAAGGCCGUACCCUGGAGAUGGCGGCCGAAUAUCGGCUGCGUACCGUGCAGUGUCUAAUAACGGGUGACUACACCAAACCUACCGAGUACACCGUCGAGACCCUGAUCCUCUACCUAUUUGGCGAGCACUCGUCGCGGUGGGACGCCGACUUGGGCUUGUGGCUGAUCCACUCCUUGAUCACAAGGAUAGCCUUCCGCAUGGGCUAUCAUCGUGAUGCCAAAUGGUUUCCUACCAUUAGCCCCUUCCAAGCUGAGAUGAGAAGAAGAACGUGGGCCCUAGUGAAGAUGUCUGACGUUAUAUUUUCCCAUCAAGUCUCGCUCCCGAGCAUGAUUUACGAGGAUAACUGCGAUACCGAGCUCCCUCACAACAUAUUCGAUGAGGAGUUUGGGCCCGAGACCAAGGUUCUGCCGCCGUCGAGGCCAAACUCGGAGGCCACGCCCAUCAGCUACAUGGUCUCGAAAGUCAAGCUCUGCCUGGAGCUCGGGAGCAUCUUGCAAGCAACGAACCGCAUCAAAAACCAAGUGCAUUACGAUGAUAUACUCCGCCUCGACGCAAAGCUCAGGGAAGUGAAGGAAGAGCUCCCGCCACAUCUGAAGAUGCAGCCAUUGGAUUGUUCUCGCGACCCUGUGACGCUGAUCAUUGCUCGCUUCAACAUGGACAUCCUGUACCUGAAGAUUAUGUGCCUCCUUCACAGGAAGUACGUGUCGCGGGCGAGAAAUAAUCCACGGUACGCCCACUCACGCCGCAGUGCUAUCGAGGCGUCGAUGGAGACUCUUGGUCAUCUGGCUACCUUGCAACGAGAGUCUCAGCCAGGUGGGCGGCUGGAGUCGAUCAAGUGGUAUGUGACGUCGAUAGCAACCAAGGACUUCAUCCUUCCGGCCAUGCUUAUCGUGCUGGAGUUGCAAUUCGACAUCACGGCGGAGAGCUCCCGGAAACGGCAAGACUCGCAGAGUCUGUACUUCUGGACCCCUGAACAGCGCUUGGCAAUGAUCAACAGUCUAGAAGUGACGAGGGAUAUCUGGAAAGGCUUGCCCGAUAGCUCUAUGGAAUCGGUGAAGGCCUCGAACAUCCUCGAACUGAUGCUUCAAAAGAUCAAGCAGCCUCAGUCGAGACAGGGUCCGACCGACCAAGAGGCCAUGACCAAAAGCACAAACCCGUUCACAAGCCUAAGUUCGGCGGAGCUAAAACCUGAGCAUUCGGCGGCGAUGACGCUUGGCAUGCUGUCGGGAGGAAUGUCCCCGAACACUGCGACGGCUCUCAACGCGGUGCAGAGCUCAGGGAAUACCGUUUAUCCCCCGAUGGAGUUGGGCGGUGGAUUUUCCUUCCCGGCGGGAAGCUCUGAGCUUUCGCCCGAUUUCUCGACCGAAGCACUGGGGUUGGAGAAUAAUGUGGGAUCUCCCUUCUCCCUGAUCAAUAACAUGGGCAACAGCAUGGACUUUACAACAACAAACUUUGAUUGGGAUGCCUUUGAGAGCUACACGCAAAGCGCCAAUUGGGGCCCUGAUCAGACUUUCCAGUUCUUCUCUGGCAACCCAGACUAG